AUGCAUUUUCGCCAACCGUCUCCUCCGCCCUGCGUUAUCGAGGCAGCAGAACGAUGGGAAGCUAUGGCGCGAGAAGAGCAGUCGCAAGUUCAGUCAUCUUGCUUUGUGCAGUCAACGCCAGCUCCUGCCGUACCUGCUUCCGUAUCGCCUUCACUGCCUGCCGAGCCUCCCCAGAAGCCGCUGUCAAAUCAGGUGCUGCCAUCGUAUCCGUUGCUUCCUCCUCCUCCCCCUCCUGCUCCAACAGUAUCAUCGUGUUGCUCGUCAUCAGUGCAUCCUCUCAUCUCUUAUACGCAGAGCACUCAGAGCAUUUACGACCCCACAACCAUGUACGAAUACCCCGUUUCUAAUAAUCCAUCGCGUCUUGAUAGCAUGUCAAGCUCCUCUUGUGCGAUGGCAAGCCAAAUCCAUACUCAAGAUUUUAGAAAUCAGCAAUGUAUCAGCGAAAUAAUCUGGUAA